AUGGCAUCUGACUGCAAAGAUCGUGUUCCAUGGCUUGAAACACUACGAAAUGUGCUACGAAGAGGCUUAGUUGGCAGUAAAACGCUGAUUCUUGCUUGCUCAGCUCUGCAAAAACGGUACAGGGAAAUCCUUAGAUCUGCAGACCCAAAUUAUGAACCAGGUCCUUAUGCAAGUGUCGUUAAAUCCGUGUUGUUGGAUGUUGGGGCUGAAGUGCUUGCCGCUCGGCUGGAAAAGAUAGCAGCCGAGGGGAAGCAUUUCAUGCUUGCAAAGCUCUUGCAGACAUGGAUUUGCUUCAUAUUGAUGAAGCAGAAGGGAUUACUUAGAGUUGAUGCUGCUAUGGAUCCUGAAACCAUAGUGAGAAUCAUACAAACUUUUUGUCAUCUGAUCAUAAGUCCACAACGGAUGGAUUCAAUUAAAGAUAAAUUAUUUUAA